UAAUGUCCUAAAGUAAGAUAACUAAAGAAGUCUAUGUUACAGAUGCACAAACGAAUCCAUAAGAUCAGUCAUCUAAUGACGCUAUUCUUGUACGCCCAGAUGUUGGUCGGCUUAACGUUAUUCAACGUAAUUCCUAUUUACCUGAACUAUUCGAAGGGUAAACUGCACCAGAAGUAUUUGGUGAACAGUACUUACGAGCUUGCUGUGUUUAUGUAUCACCCCAGAGACGCUACCACAAAUCGUAAUAGCUAUAUUAUAGUGGCUGUGUUUGACUGGUUAGUUGAUAAUACCGUAGAUAUGCAAAACAAAGCAGAAAAUUUUAUACCUAAGUACUUACUAGAUCUGUGAGAUCAUACUUUUUGCUUUCGUUCUUGAUUUAUUUCCAUAGGUACGCUUCUUAUCUUUGUGCUCACGCCGUCUGUAUGGCUGAUCUAUUGCUAUUCCUGAUGAUAUUCCACAUUUACGGCCACUUCAAAAUACUCCUGAAUCUGAUGGCUACGUUCCCGAGACCGGCUGCUACUGUAAGCCGGACAAACAAUACGAAACAAGAAAACCUUAUGUUUUCGGAAUCAGAGUUAAAAGACGUCUGUGUCAGAAUUAAGGAGUGCAUUGACUAUCACAAUUAUUUAUUGGAAUUCACAAAAUCGAUGUCUGAUGCGUUUGGUCCGAUGUUAUUAGUAUACUUCAGUUUUCAUCAAGUAUCCUGCUGCCUACUGCUUCUUGAAUGUGCCCAAAUGGUAAAUAAAAAGAGUACUCUAAGGUUAAUAGUGAUUUUGUUUCAGAGUGCAGAAGCAUUGAUACGUUACGGACCUCUGACUGUGAUAAUAUUUCAAGCGUUGAUACAGCUUUGUAUUAUUUUUGAAUUAAUUGGAACAGUGGUGAGGAAGAUACCUACUGUUAAGUCAUCCCAAAAAGUGGCAGUAGUAGUUCCACAUUUAUUUUGUUACAGGUAUUCAACAUACAUUUGUUCAUGCUGCAUUUGUUUAGUUGACCUUACAGUAUUCUUGAUAAUCUUUCACGUUUAUGGGCACUUUAAAAUAUUACUUAACCAUUUAGUUACUUUCCCAACACCAGCAGACACGGUUGAUGAUACAACGAAUACGAUGCUACAAAACUAUUUCUACUCUGAAUCAGAAGAGAAAGAUGUGUUUAUCAAAUUAAAAGAUUGCAUUACUUAUCAUAACUUCUUGCUGGAUUUCACGAACGCCAUGACAGACACCUUUGGCCCAACACUAUUCGUAUAUUUAUGGUUUCAUCAACUAUCCUGCUGCUUAUUGCUUCUUGAAUGUGCUCAAAUGAGUCCAGAAGCUCUUAUGUGCUACGGCCCACUUACGGUCAUUGUCUUCGAGUCUUUAAUACAAAUGAACGUAAUUUUCGAAAUGAUUGGAUCAGUGAGUGAGAAAUUGAAGGAUGCGGUUUACCAAUUACCUUGGCAGUGUAUGGACGUGAAAAACAGGAAAGUUGUUCUAUUCUUCCUGAUGAACGUUCAGACUCCGGUACACGUGAAGGCGAUGGGAUUAACACGUGUUGGUGUGGAUACUAUGGCAGCGAUUCUAAAAACGUCGGUAACAUACUUUGCGUUCCUACGCACUGUUCCGGCCGAAUAAAUACAAAGAAGUAAGCACCAUAUACAAAAAGAUGUGUCUAAUUGCAGCAAGAGCUGCAGAGUACGAUGGAACUCCAAUUUAAUGUUGGUCACGUAUCUUAAAUUAUUUUAUUUUAUGUAGAUACUUCACUACUUUGAUAAUUAUGUCAAAAGCAAUAAAGUCAUCAAUAAUAAAAUGUGUAGUUUUAAUAACAGGAACUAUAAUCGAAAAUUUGCCAAAAUCAUCUAAUGACGGGUGACAAACAUAAUAUUUUUUUUUCAUUCGAACUGCAAAUUUACGUUUGGAUUGCAGUUGAAAUGCAGUCCGUCUGUCUAGAGCCUAAGACUAGCUGUCCCCGCGAACUAUGUACCGCCUUACAGUCGAUGAUAACAACGCAACCAAAAAGACAAACAAAACUACCAUUUUCCAUAUUUUAUCACCGUUAAACCGCUUCCCUACUGUUCCGCGAAUAUUUCAAGACUAAAAUAAGCCAUAAAGAUAAUAAAAAUACAGACGAUAAGGUUGAUAUUCGUGUAGACAUACAUUUCCAUGGUAAAGGCAUUGUUACCAGCUGCCAUAUUUAAUUAAAUUGACAAUUCCAAAAUGACGUUUUGUGUCAUUGACAUUCAUCACCUUUAUAAAGAGUUAUUGGGAUGAAAGAGUCUUCUGCAAUGUAGUUACACAGUAGUUACGUCAAACAAUAAAAACAUUUCAAAAAAUUAAUAUUUUUUAUUGAAAAUAUUUUUUAAAUAGAUUAAAUAGUAUUUAUAGCUUGUCUUACAUGUACAAGAAAAUAGAUUCUAUUGAAUUAAUAAAUACAAUAACAUUAUAAAAUCUGUUUGUAAUUAUAUACUUAGUUAAAAUUGGCAUACUUGUUUAUAACCCUACACAUUGAUGG